AACGCGUUCGUGCCAAACGUACGAGGAAAACACGCCAUGUUUGCAGAUUUUACUACGAAGAGAAAGAAAAAUUCACGGACAUUUCCACUUCGCUUUUAGCCUGGAUUUGCUCCAUACUUCCGCCAACAAUGUCAAUUUUACGGUGAAUCCCAAUUUAAAGAACAACGUUGAUUCAUUUGAGAGCUUUUUUUACUGGAUUUUGAGUGAGUAAAUUGGGCGAAAAUGACGCAGUAUUUGCCGCCGAACUUGCUGGCGUUGUUUGCGCCGCGUGACCCGCUUCGGUACAUGCCGCCCACGGACAAGCUGCGACACGAAAAGCGAGAUGAAGGAUACUCCGGAAUGGCCGAGUUUGUUCGCAUUUUUGAGGAUCCUAAAGACACUCCUCCUCCAACAAGAGUGGAAACGAAAGAAGAAAAGAAGGAAAGGAAGAGAAAAGAGAAAAAUGAAAGUCACCGAGCGAAACUGGAAGAUGAAAUCACUACCUGGGAGCCAAGUGCUGGAGGCAUCGGAGAUCCUUUCAAGACGUUAUUUGUCGCCAGAAUUAAUUACGACUCCUCAGAAUCGAAGCUUCGACGUGAGUUUGAGUCCUACGGUUCCAUCAAAAUGAUUCACUUGGUUCACGACAAGAAGUCCGGUAAGCCUCGCGGUUAUGCCUUCAUCGAGUACGAGCACGAGAGAGACAUGCACAGUGCUUACAAGUAUGCCGACGGGAAGAAGAUCGAUGGGCGGAGAGUGUUGGUGGACGUUAUGAGGGAGGGAACCGUCAAAGGAUGGCUGUCACGCAGACUGGGUGGUGGUUUGGGUGGUACUAGACGUGGAGGUCCAGAGCAGAAUGUCCGUCAUUCUGGACGUGAGGAACCAUCCCAGGCAGCCGCAGCGAGAGAUGAGGAAGAUCGUGACAUGGACCGACGUGAGCGACCCCGCAGCAGGAGUCGCGACAGAGAUAGAGAUCGCCGUCGCGAUCGAGACCGAGAUAGAGAAAGGGAGCGUAGAGAUCGCGACCGAGGCGAUCGGGGUGACCGAGGCGAUCGGGGUGACAGGGACCGAGACCGUGACAGAGAUCGCGAUCGGGAUCGCGACCGCGAUCGCGACCGCGACCGCGACCGCGACCGUGAGAGACGCCGCAGGGAGCGAGAGCGGGAGCGUGAAGGUGAACGUGACGUGGAGAAGGUGGACGGGGAAAGCGCGGAAGUCAUCGACGACAAGGAUACGGAUCCGAAUCUCCAGGAAGUGCUAGAGAAAGAUCGUGAUCGAGACCGUGACCGUGGACGCGAUCGAGACCGCGAUCGCGAUCGAGACCGCGACCGACGGAGACGAGACCGUGACCGUGACAGAGACCGAGACAGGCGUGACCGCGACAGGGACCGUGACCGCGAUAGGGACCGUGAUCGUGACAGGGAUCGUGGGCGUGACCGUAAGCGCGAGCGCGAUCGCGGUGAUUACGGAGACGGGGAGGAGCCAGAGGUUAAAGUCAAGAUUGAAGAGGUGGCGGAGGGCCAAGGCGACAUGGGCCUAGUGUCUUACCCAGCCGACGAAGACGAAGACUCAUCGGCAGCAACAGAUGCGUACGGUGUCAAAAUCAAGAAAGAGAAACUCGAUGUGGGUUACGGAGACGUAGAACCUCAGAACGGAAUGGAACAAGAAGAAGAACAAUCUUAAACCCCUCCAAUCUCUCUCUCCGAUAUCAACUUUGAAUUGUACACUCCGCUGUUUUAAAGGUUCCGCCGUAAGUUCUGCCGUAGUUUUUAACAAACUGAAUUUUUUGUCUCCCCUUUCUCUAUUUUUAUUUACAUUUGGUCUUGAUCCAGUUUGUUUUAUCCUCGAUGGUCAUCGGAUUGAUAGUUUUUACUUGAAGCUAAUGUUCAACAGAUGUGAGAAGUGUUCAGAGCUGGUUAUUUGACAUUUGAUUCGCUCUGAGUAGGUAACUUAAAAAAAAAACCUGAUAAAAUGUCUUCACAGUGUACUGUUAGUGGUACCUGAACUCGAGCAGUUUUCAAAAUUGAAGAUGUAGAUGCGACUAGAACUUAGUGAGUAAAAUAAGCAACUGCCAAUUGUACUCGUGUUGGUAUACAAAAGUAUACUACAGUUUUCAGGUAAACCUUUGUGCUAUUGUAGCCAUGCGUGAACUGUUGAGGGCGGUAUUGCCUACUCGCAGGAAUAAAUUGAGGGCAUAUGGUGAGACGAUGUGGAGUGCCCUAACCUUCAAGUAGUUUUCCCUUUUGUGCCAGUAGAGGGCAUCGUUCCUGACAUAGCUGGAUACUCUAAUAGAAACUUGCAGUGACGUCCCUUGAACUAUGUGUUGAAUGGUACGCAUGAAUGUUUUCAAAACCCGGCUUUAUCUCCGACUUCAGGCUCCAUCAUUUAUGAAAAGAUGGAGCCUAAACUGCUGACAAAGCCCAAAUUUGGAAAAAUGGUUGAAUAUGAAAGGUACAUUGGAUGUGGAAUGGCGAGAUGUUUAAACAAUUUUUUUUUAAUUGGCUGUUCCUUGCUUGUAUUUGUAGAUUUUUAAAAUUAAUUUUUGGCAGGGUGGAAAUUUGAAAAGCUUGAGAUGCAAAAUAAAUGUAUGCAAAUUGUUGAUAAAGAAAUCCUUGAAAUUACAGAAUACAGGUCAUGGUUAUCUGGGUUGGAAUGAAGAAAACUUUCCAAAAUAACUAUUUUUGGGAAUUCAAAUAAAUGAAAUACAAUUUGUUGACCUUUUUUAGAAAAACUCAAAUUGUAAGAAAUCCGCAAGAAAAAUGGCGCAUGAAUAAAACCUGUUGCGCUUUGUAUACAAUAAAUUAUUUUCCCUCUGAAAAGAACUUCUUGUCAGAAAUCAAAUCGGUCAAGUUGUCUGCAUCAUGGUAAGCAUUUUAUUUCUAAGGUUUAAUUUGUUUGUAUCAUUUUGAUCACAGAAAUUUCGUAGUUCAAUUGUCACAUUUCAUGUAAACAAUGUAAAAUACUGUGUUUGGAAAACUCCAUGAAUAUGUUUCUAAUAAUGGCAAGGUAUGUACUGUGAUAUCUCGUCAAAUUCUGGACUAAAACUCCAAUAAACCAUGCUCGAUUCCUUCUUUACUGUCACAUAAA